AUGGGUGGGUGGUGUGGGGAGGUUGGUGGGUUUUGGGGGUUGAAGUUGGGGAUGUUGAGUGGUGGGGAGGGGGUUAUAUUGUUAGGUGGGGGGGGUAUGUGGUUUUGGAAAGGCGAUUGGGGGGUGGAUAUUGAUGGGGAUUGGAUAGAGAGGAUGAGGAUGGGGGUUUGGGGGGGGGGGAAUAAAUUAUUGGAGGGGUUGAGUGGGGGGUGUGUGGGUGGUAGAGGGGGGUGUGUGGUUUUUGGGUGGGGUGGUUGGUGGGGGGUUGUGGUUUUGUUGGUAGGGUGUUGGGAUAUGAUUUGGGGUAAUUUGGGGGGGGUUUGUUAUGGGUGGAAUUGUGGGGAGGUGGUGAGGUAG